CCCUUCAGUUGCUCUCCAAGGGGUCCCUGCCUCAGUGCGUAAAGUCGGUAAGGGGCUCCGCACCGCGCAGCACUUAUUACCCCACUGGCUCCAUGUGCGUCACUUCUGCGGGAUACUGCGCGAGGAUUUCUCAUAUUUUGAUACCACCACCCGCGCGCGUCACUGACAGAUGAAAACACUGCGCUUUUUGCUGGUGUGAAGCAGCGUUUUCCCCCUGAUACAGAUCAUCCGCCCCGCAGAGCGCAGAGGGGACAUGGGUCAACUUUAUGGUGCGACUCUUGUACCAUUUGGCGCUAUCUGUGUUGUUUUCCUGUGGGAAUCUGGUGCCAGCUCCAUCAGGGCGACGCUUGCAGUCGACGCCUCGAGGACGGAGUGUCCGGUGGAUAAGGUCGUGACCGUACAGUAUCCCUGUGUCAGAGCUGGAGGGAAGAACAGCACUUGUUUCAGGAGGAAAUGCUGUGAUGGAUUUCGGUUUGUGAUGGGCCAGUGCAUACCUGAAAGUGUGGACGUGUGUGCAGCGUCGCCCUGCGAGCAGCAGUGCACUGAUAACUUUGGGCGAGUGGUGUGCACGUGUUACCCCGGCUAUCGCUUUGACCGAGACAGGCACCGCAACCACAAGUCUCCUUACUGUCUGGACAUCGAUGAGUGCGAGCACCCGGGCAACGGUGUGUGUGACCACGAGUGUGUGAACACAGUGGGCAGCUUCCUGUGUCGCUGUCACAGCGGAUACAUACUGGCCCCGGACCAGCGCUCCUGCAUCCCCGUACACAACUUGAGUUCAUCGGGGAAGUCAGACACCCUGAUGAGUGCCGGUACCUGCUCCUUCACCUGUGAGGACUUCAUCAACAUGAAAAACAGUUUGCUGCAGUUAAAGCUCCGGCUGGCAAACACACAGUCACCCAACCAGGUACCCGACCUGGCCAACAGCAGUGAUAAGCCAUCUCUGGGGAGGGCAGGAAAGAGUGCUGAUAGCUCUUGUCUUCCUGGUCUGCCCGGCCCCCCAGGAGCUCCUGGGGUCCCAGGACACCCAGGAGAACCGGGAAAAAGAGGGGGCCCAGGGGACAGGGGCCCGCCUGGCUCCCGGGGGGACAUGGGACCUAUGGGUCCAGAGCCGGACCUGAAGCACGUGAAAAGAGGCCGCAGGGGGCCAGUGGGACCUACCGGGGCAACAGGAAGAGAUGGACUAAAGGGAGACAGAGGAGCUCCGGGUCCCAUUGGUCCACCUGGACCACCCGGCUCCUUCGACUUCCUCCUGCUGAUGAUGGCUGACAUCCGCAACGACAUCAUCGAACUGCAGGAGAAGGUGUUCGGGGAGCGGCGGGGCAUCUCCCUCGACGGCCCUCCUCAUGCCAGCGGGGAAAUGGAUUUUGUAGAGUGGGGCUCUGGACAAGGAGAUCUCCUGCUCGGCACCUGACAUCCCCCCCCCCCUGUUUUGGACGACCCCUCCGCCCCCCACUCACAGCAAACGCACUCCACAGUCUUGACUCUUUUGUUUCCACGUUGAUAAAGGAUGCUGGCGUUCAAGUCACCGACAUGUAAAUAGGCCUCAACCACAGAAGCGGGUGAACCGGCCGAGGAGCCUCGACUGCAUUCUGGACGCUGCCGGUGAAACAGAGAGACGCGAGGAUCACUGAAGAUGGGGAUCGGACGCUACGGACCACUGCCAGCGGCGACUGCAGUGUGAGUGCGAGUGAGACAGAUGCAGCGUCCGUCUUCAUGCCUGCGCCUCAGAGGCCCGACCACUUCUCUUCGUCGUCUGCGUCCUUUCUCGUUCCUGAGCGCCCCGCUGGAAGCUCCGCUGCCUCCGACAGUUCGCCUGCAGGGCGUCGGUACGAAGCCAGAGGGCCGGCGCCGCGAGCCUCCCCCCUGCAGCUAUAGGCGCAGCGCCCGGCCCCUCGGGUCGGAGCUCUGCUGCUCCUCCGUACUCUGAGUCAUCUUUAGACGACAACUCCUGAGUGUAUCACAAUCACAACCCUGACCUGUUGGACAGAACCCAAAUGUUUGAUGUAUUUUCUUAAAUUUUACAAUUAAACAACUCGAACAAGUAUAAAAUGGAUGAAUGCAUUGGGAAAGCUCCAGGGAGACAGGUAAUGGUUGGAGACAUGGACAUAGCCUUAAUAAAAUAGUGGACUCUUUUUUAAAAUACAGAUUACAUUUUAAAGACGGCAUAAACAUUACAUGUUAAUCAAUAAAUAACAAAGAUGGAGCCAUAAACAAAGUUA